CCAGGUCCUCGAGUGCUGCGCGAGUCCGCCAUUACGGUGAUAAUACUCGAAUCGAUCACGACGAGGUCUAUAGAUAAACGAGAUUCCCUCUCGGCGAACGUGGCGCAAAAGUCGAUAUCGCAUCGUUCGGGGACGAGUCGAUAGCCGGUUCCGCGGACAUCGUUCUUUUCGACGCGAGAAAUUGAACUUCGAUACACCGCGGAAAUAAUCCAUCGACGGGCGCACGAGGGGAGAUUGAGAGAUAUAUCGUGAACGCGCGUGUACGCGCGUAAAUUUGUGUUGUUGACUCGUGCCGCGUACACCCCGAGCGAGCUUGUGAAUCGUCGUGGACGACGGGGCCGCGCGCGUGGACAACGGGACGGGAUGCGCGUUGUCGCGUCGUUUGUGUAUUUUAAAUUAUGCAACGUGCGUGCAACGUUCGCGUUGACGGUGCGCGGCUGCUGACGCGAGAGCAACAACGUGGUAAAGCGGACGGGUGUCGCGUAAAAAAAACGCGUCCUAAAGAACCGCGUGUGUAAAAAAACGUUACACAUGCACCGACAGUUUGCGCGUUAAUUACGUUUAUUAAACGUGACAAAAACAACAUGGAGAAUAUUAAGCAAGCGAUAAUGGCAAACGGCUCGUCCAAGCUGGCCGGCACGUCGGACGACGGCAAGAACGACGUGCAGUUCACCCUCGCGAAAAUGAUGGACGAGAAGUACACAUAUACGUAUAAGAAGCUGGUGGUGCCGCCCUCGAUGAGAAGCAUUUACUGGAAAUUCUUCGGUUUUCCCGCCACCGACGACGGCGAUAUACUCACCAAAGUCAAGAUAGUUUGUAUACUGUGCAAGACGCAGAUCGCUUACAAUCGCAACACGAGCAAUCUACGCAUGCAUCUGCAGAACAAGCACGCACAGGAGCUGCUGGAGCUCGAAUCGGUCAGUCUCGGUUCCAGACAGGUCGUCAAUCAGGAACACAAGGAGCGCAAGACUCCCCACAAGAGAGUGCUGAAGACCGGUCUGGCUCCGGCGAAGUACAUUUACACGACCAACGUGGACGGUACGGUUCAGAUAGACGGUGACAUACAAUUCGUGACCGAUCCGAAUAUAAGCUUGUCGAACAUGGAGGAGGACAAUAUCGCGAUCGCCCAACCGCUGCGAGUUAUGAUCAAAGACGGUUCCGGGAUUAACGGCAACAAUCAGAACGUGGCGUUCCUCAUGUCCGAGGACAAUGUGACAAGUCAGUCGGUGGACGGGAAAACGGUGUCGGACGCUAUCGCGGAAUUCAUCGUGAUGGAUCUCCAAUUGCCGGAGAUCGUGGAGGGACGUGGAUUUCAAAGACUCGUGGCUACUCUGCGAUCACCCUGCGAGAUCCCGAGCAAGAACAAAUUGGAGGAGGAAAUAAUACCGAGGAUAUACGAUACCUUUCGAGAAUCGGUGGCUUCCUCGUUGUCCCUCAUCACUUUGGAAGUUGCGCUCACGAUCGAGGAGUGGAGAUCAAACAACGAAGAGAGUUUCGUCACCGUAUCGGUUUAUUAUCAAAACAUGGAAGAGGCUACGUUAGAGUGCAAAAUUUUGAGUACCCUUCACGCGCCCUUAGACUGGGACAGGACUCAGUGGGAGAACACUUUAGAUUCUCUGUUGCUCGAAUGGGACAUUAAAGUGGACAGAAUAACGGCAGUGGUGGUUAGCACAUCGAGGGAAGAAUUGCUUAUGGCGCUUAGUAAUCGAAAUUUGCCUGUUGUGCCGUGCUUGCUUCACACUCUGCAAGUGUGCGCGCAAACUUGCUUCGAAACUCCCGAAGUCGCUCAUAUAUUGUCGAAGUGCAGAGCAAUCAUCGGAGUCAUCAUAAGUCAUCCAUCCGCGUAUUCUGCGUUGACUCUGCAAGAACGAUUGAUAGAGUUGGAGGAAAAUGCAAUGUUGCUGGAUUAUGCAGUUAUAUGGAUAUCAACCUACAACAUGUUGGAGCAAAUGGUUUUGCGUCGUAACAUACUCCCAUCUAUAUUAGACAGUAUCGAAGGAUUGGAUCAGGAGAUGUUUGAAAUCACCAACGACCAGUGGAAAGUUAUUGAGGAUCUCGUGACGGUUCUUGAACCGUUCAAAGUCACCAUUAUGACACUGAGCGAAGAAAAAAUGCCUCUGAUAUCAUUGUUGAAGCCGUUACUUUGGCAACUUGUUUCCUCACAUCUCAAAGUAAAAGAUACGGACAGCGAGACUGCCAAAAAUCUCAAGGAAUCUCUAUCGGAUAUGUUGUGCGAGCGAUACGCGGACAGCAAUGUCACACUGUUACUGCAGAUCUCGACUACUUUGGAUCCUAGAUUCAAGGCACUGCCGUACGUUACCGAGGAGGAUAAAGCUGUAGUGAGCGCUCCCAUGAAGGAAAUGUUGACGAAGCUAAUUCAGGAGGAAUCCGGAGAUCCAGGCAUAAAGUCCGAGGACGAAACAGUACCAAGUAAAAAAAGUAGAUUAUCAGUAGGUAUGGAACUUUUACUUGGCGGUCUUUGCUCGACGAAAAGCGGAAUGUCUGCCGAGGAGAAGGCGGAUCUCGAGCUUGUCCAGUACCAGUCCGAAUCCCCGGCACCUCUGGAUUAUUGUCCGUUGCAAUGGUGGGCCAAGGUGUCGGCGAAGUGUCCGAAUCUAGCGAAACUGGCGAACAGAUAUCACUGCGUGCCCGCGUGUUGCGCACCCCCGACACGCAUCACGGCGGACAUGCAGAUUCAGUACGACACGAAGCGAGCGGCUUUACCACCUCAUCUGAUCGACAAACUGCUGUUUUUACACGGCAAUCACACCAUGCUGGGUUGAAAAUCAGGUGAGAAAAAGUGAACAUCUGCUGGUUUCAGAUAGAAGUUUCUGAAUCAACAGGAUGUUUUUUGUUUGCCUAAUUCAGAGAUACCUCGUCGAUAACAGUCUACCGGGACAGUUUACACACACACACAAAAUAUUUUCAUAAUAAAACGCGAACUCGCGAUAUAAUCUAAUGUGAGACAAGCAAACUCUGUACAAAGUAAUACUUAAAAUAAUAUCAAAUUUGUUCUCUAAUUUGUUUUGGACUUUCGUAGUUUUAAGAGAAAGAUAAAAUCUCAUAAAAAAAAAAAACAAAGAUCAACCACUGACCUAAAUGAUACGUACGUCAAGAAUUUCGUGGAGUGCGCGGUUCAUAAAAAAUCAAAAUUAAUUGAUUCAUUAGGUAAUUUUUACAUAAACUAUUUGGAUGUAAUCAAAAAAUGACACGGAUAAGAUUACAACAAAUCAGGAAUCAGCGCAAUUCGGACUUUGUCUUGAUCAAACGUGAGAAGAACGUGAAAUUUUUCCAAUUUUAUUUUUUCGCGACUUAUUCAGCAAAAGUUUGCACGUGCUGCGUUUGUUACAAAGACUCGUGACUGCUCAUUAGCUUUAUGAACUUUUAAGUAUAAGUAAUUAUGUUAGAGAUAAGUAUCGUUGUUUGAUAUGUAUCAAGAAAUUAGUUGGAUGUUUUUGUACAAUUGUAAGAUGUAUAAAUAUAUAUUUACUAUAGAUUUUCUAUAUAGACGCAAUCUUUCGAUAAAUACGAGCGUGUAUUAGUUAUGUAAUUAAAAUUACUUAUUUGCAAAUACACAAAACACAUUGAAAUAAAAUAUUGUAAAAGAAAAUGUAACAAUAUUGUAACUUUUCUAAUGUGUGUGUGCGUGUGUCUGCUUUUAGUCUUAAUUUGCAUAUUGUUUUUAACAAUAACAAUCUGCACUAUUAUUAUAUAUUAUCAUUACGAGAUACAGCAUUAGUGAAAAAUAUAAAAGUUUUGUAUUUUUCAUGCAAAGAUAGAGGCUGUUCCGACAUAUAUAUACAUAUAUU